CCAAUUAUUCAUAUUCUUUCUUCUUUCUCUAAACCCUAAAAAUAAAAUAUUAGAGAAACCAUGGAAGAUCAAGGAGAUUAUAAUAUAGGACUUAAUCUUGGAUUAAGCAUAGGUGAUCAUCCACCUCCAACAAAAGUAGUGCAAAAAAGACAUAAAACUCCUUGCUUAGAUUUGUCAUUUGCUCUUUGCCCUAAACAGGAAGAAGAAGAAGAGGUGAAUGUUAAAGGGUCAAAUAGUAAUAUCAAGUCAAGUACUCAUGAAGAAGAUGAAGAAGAAAAUAAAAGAAAUGGGUUAAUUAGGUUUAAUGAUAAUGAUAAUAUUAGCAGAAAGAAACUGAGGCUUACUAAAGAUCAAUCUGUUUUGCUUGAGGAUAGCUUCAAGUUGCAUAACACUCUUAAUCCAGUUCAGAAACAUUCACUUGCUGAGCAAUUAAAUUUGACGCCAAGACAAGUUGAAGUUUGGUUUCAGAACAGAAGGGCAAGGACGAAGCUGAAGCAAACCGAAGUAGACUGCGAAUUCUUGAAAAAAUGUUGUGAAAGUUUAAGUGAUGAAAACUCAAGAUUGAAGAAAGAACUGAAAGAAUUAAGAAAUGUAAAGCUUGGAAGAACACCAUUGUGCCUUCAUCUUCCUAUUUGUGACAAAAUUGGAGCAUUUGGAGGUGGUCCUCAUCAAUAAAUUUUAAAGGCGGCUUUUAAUCUUCAAAACUUCAAUGAUAUUAAUUAUUCAUCAUCCUAAUUAAUAAUUUUAUAGCCUUUUUUAUCAUCA